GUUGGUACCGGUCUGCCAGGAAAUAGCUGAAAUAUCUAUAAAAGUGCUUUAAAAAUGUCCGCUCGCUCCGGAGUUUAGGAUGGUAACAAAUCCAUGGUUUCUCUUACUAAAAUCGGAGAUAAAGUAAAUUUAGUGGACAGUUAGCAUUGCAUUGGGUGUAUGUGAAUCUUGCAUGAGAAGCAUAGCAGCACAACCCCUGCGCUUGCUCAAUGAGUAAUGAGUACAUUCUGGAGCAUGUCGAUGAACGCCGGCCGUAAGAGAUCUGAGAGCGAAGAGCAGGGUGGUCCGGGCGACCAGAAAGCCAGUCCGGCUCGUCCUCCUUUCGGGAAGAAGCAGCUCCCCACCAUACCCAAGAAUGCCGUUCCAGUCACUAAAGCCUCUUCACCAGCUUCAGCGACGCAGGCUACCAACGGCACCCACGCCUCCUACGGACCAUUUUACCUGGAGUAUUCCCUACUCGCAGAGUUUACGCUGGUGAUAAAGCAGAAACUCCCAGGCAUCUAUGUUCAGCCCUCUUACAGAUCAGCCCUGAUGUGGUUCGGGGUUAUUUUCAUCCGCCACGGCUUGUACCAGGACGGCGUUUUUAAAUUCACGGUGUAUAUUCCCGAUAACUAUCCGGAUGGAGAGUGUCCCAAAGUGGUGUUUGAUAUCCCGGUGUUUCACCCACUGGUGGAUCCUGUUUCUGGAGAGCUGGAUGUCAGGAGAGCAUUCACCAAAUGGAGACGGAACCAUAACCACAUCUGGCAGGUGCUAAUGUAUGCACGGACAGUCUUUUACAAGAUUAGCACUAUGGAACCUCUCAACCCUGAGGCUGCUGUAUUAUACGACAAGGAUGUUCAGCUCUUCAAAAGCAAAGUGGUCGACAGCGUGAAACUAUGCAACAGCCACCUUUUCGACCAGCCCAGGAUCGAUGAUCCUUAUGCAAUAAGCUUCUCUCCAUGGAACCCAGCUGUGCACGAAGAGGCGAAAGAGAAGAUGUUCACACACAAAAGACGACCUGAAGACCAGCCCAAAGGACUCCAGGUUUCAGGACUGUCGUGGGUGAAACCCGGGUCCACGCUGCCGUUCAGUAAAGAGGAGUAUCCCCUCCAGACCUGAGUCUGAAUCUGCAUCACCAGAAGUGGCGAGGAUGGUGUUGGUUUUGGUGGUGGUGGUGUUAAUGGUGCAGCAAGACUCCAUCCAGUGCCACUUGGACUUGCUGUGGCUGCCUAAGUCCUAGAAAUCUCAAAGCAGUUCCAUGAACUUCCUCAUGAUUUUUUUUUUUUUUUUUUUUUUU